AAACAAUAGAAAAACGAAAGAGAAAAAAGUAAGAAAAGAAGAAGAAGAGGAAGAUGGGGAACUGUUUAGUAAUGGAGAAGAAAGUGAUAAAGAUAGUGAGAAAUGAUGGGAAGGUACUUGAAUAUAGAGAACCAAUUAGUGUUCAUCACAUCCUUACUCAGUUCUCUGGUCACUCUCUCUCUCACAACAACACUCAUCUUCUGCCUGAUGCUAAGCUUCUCUCUGGUCGUCUCUAUUAUCUCCUGCCUACAACAAUGAACAAGAAGAAGGUCAACAAGAAAGUCACGUUUGCAAAUCCGGAGGUGGAAGACGACGAAAGAUCACUAAGAGCAGAAGAAGAUACUAGUGAAAACAACAGCAACAUCGAUGGUGAUGACAACAAGAACGUAACUGUUGUGAGAAUGAAGAUCGUUGUUCAUAAGCAAGAGUUAGAGAAGCUACUCCAAGGAGGGUCGGUCCAUGAGAUGAUGUACCAGACUCUCGAGAAACAACUUUUGCUUACUGAUGAUGGUGAUGAUCUUGAUGAAUGUAAUAGCGGCUGGAGACCUGCAUCUCCCGUUGAUCGUUACUCUUUUCCCGGAAUCUUAACGGAGAGGUGUCUGACCACUCGUCGGAAGUUUAAUCGCCGUGGAAUCGCGGUGGUGAAGGCGGCGAGUUUAGAUAAGGUUAGCGGCGCAAUCAAACCAGGUGGAUUGGUGGAGAGUGAUAAGUUGCCGACUGAUGUACGGAAACGAGCGAUGGAUGCGGUGGAUGAGUGUGGCCGGAGAGUCACUGUUGGUGAUGUUGCUAGUAGAGCUGGCUUGAAGGUUACUGAAGCUCAGACAGCUCUUCAAGCUCUUGCUGCUGAUACUGAUGGGUUUCUGGAGGUGUCGGAUGAAGGUGAUGUGCUUUAUGUUUUUCCAAGGGACUAUCGAACUAAGUUGGCUGCCAAGUCGUUAAGGAUACAAAUUGAACCAUAUCUUGAAAAAGCAAAGGGUGCUAUAGACUAUUUAGCUCGUGUUUCUUUUGGCACGGCUCUUAUAGCGUCUAUUGUUAUCGUCUACACGUCAAUUAUAGCCCUGCUUUCAAGCAGAAGCGAUGAUGAUAAUCGUCAAAGAAGACGCGGGCGCGGUUAUGAUUCUGGAUUCAAUUUCUAUAUCAACCCUGUCGAUCUGCUUUGGUACUGGGAUCCCAAUUAUUACAACAGGCGACGAGCUCGAGAAGAUGAAGGAAAGGGAAUGAAUUUCAUUGAAUCUGUUUUCUCGUUUGUAUUUGGAGAUGGAGACCCAAAUCAAGGAAUCGAAGAAGAGAGAUGGCAGAUGAUUGGGCAGUACAUAACUUCUAGAGGAGGUGUUGUUGCAGCUGAUGAACUUGCUCCAUACCUUGAUGUGCCAUCUUCAAAGAGUGCUAUGAACGAUGAAUCCUACAUUCUACCUGUUCUUCUUCGGUUUGAUGGUCAACCUGAGUUGGAUGACGAGGGAAAUAUUUUGUAUCGCUUUCCGUCCCUGCAACGUACAGCUUCUGGAUCUAGUAGACGAAAAGAAUAUGUGGGAAAAUGGUUUGACUGGGUUGCAGAUAUGGAGAAAUUCUUCAAGGAGAAAAAAUGGCAAUUUAGUAAAACAAGUACAUCCGAGAGAGCAUUAGUCAUUGGCCUAGGUGCGGUUAAUCUUUUUGGUGUUAUUGUUCUAAACACAUUGCUAAAUGAGAUGGCUGUCAGGCCAGGUGGAUUUCUUACAUUUGUUAAGAACAUAUAUCCACUGCUUCAGAUAUACGCAGGUUCAUUCUUUGCCAUCCCUUUGGUUCGAUAUCGCACUACGGCGUAAGCUACUAAGUGCAAGGGAUAUGGCUCAAAAUACAGUCAUCGGGAAGGAUCGGAUUGUGUAUAGUACAGAUAGAGAUAUGAUGGAACAAAACUAUGAGACAGAUGAGUGGGACAGAAGAUUCAAAGAGUUGGAAAAAUCGGAUUGAAAUGUGAAAUCUGGGACUUGUGACCUUUUGCUGUUCUAUGCUAAGUUACGUAGCAGCUCACACAUCAUCCGCAACACAGCACUAUCCCAACAACUUAAAAAAACAUACAUGGGAGCUCGAGUUCAAGCGGAUGACACAAGCCAUGGUACAUACUAUUUAGACAUUCUUCCUCUCUCUGAGACAAAGAAAAUAAUUGGUUUUAUAGGUCUCUUAAGCUCUAGAAGUAAUAGACCAUUUUGUGCUGC